UGUUAACUUAUCAAUACUCGUCGAAAGCCUUACUUAUCGUACAGUUCCAAGACUUAAAAAUGGUAUCGUUGAAAUUCGCUGCAGUUAUUUGUCUCGUGUAUUUCACCGUUUUCGUGAACGCUGGUAAAAGGCCAACUUGCAAGACUGUUCUUGCAAGGUUGGAUGAGAUGGAAAGCCUAUGUCAAGGUGCCGAUUCCGACAAUUGUGAUGGAACAGAUGUCUGUACCGCCAUUAAGACGUUGGAAAUGAAGUUGGAAACGAAGCUGGAAAAUCUCUUCGAACUGGUUGAAAACAUCUCAAUGUCGCUGCAGCCCCCGCCAGUUACAGCGUCUUCUUGCAAGGAACUGUACGACAACGGUUUGCGAGAAAAUAAAGACUACAUGCUGGAGAUUGACAGUGGAAAGAUCCCUGUGUAUUGUCACAUGACAAGCGACAUUGGCGAAUGCGGAGGUGGAGGAUGGACCAUGGUCAUGAAAAUUGAUGGCAGCAAGCAAACCUUUCACUACGAUGCCGACCUCUGGAGAAACAACAACGAGUUCAACCUUCCAGGAGGCGAGACUGGGUUUGACUCACAAGAGACUAAGUUACCGACCUACUGGGACACACCCUUCUCCAAGAUCUGCCUCGGUAUGAAGGUCGGCCAACAGACGAAGUUCGUCGUCAUCAACAAGCAGGCCAGCUCUCUGUUCUCACUGAUCGCUGACGGGCAACACCGCGCCACCUCACUGAGCCGUGAAAAAUGGAAGUCGCUGAUUGGUUCAGAGGGCUCCUUACAGGCACACUGUAAUACGCAAGGCUUCAAUGCUGUGGGUACUAAUUCUGGCAUGGCUAAAGCAAGAAUCGGCAUCAUUGGUAAUCAGGAAAAUGAUUGCAACAGCUGUGAUUCCAGAAUCGGGUUUGGCACAGGAGGAGCCAGCGAUGACUCCAACACUUGCGGAAACGAGGCAACCCACUCACCAGAUAAUGGAGACAAACACAUUAAAGCCAUGGGAUUCAUCUUGGUGCAGUGACAAGAACGGCCUCCCCGUCUUUAAAGCAAAACAUCUUCUGCUGUUUACUUAACUGCCGAUUAAUCCAGCAGAUUUUGUGUGUAGAUUUUUAGAUAAAAAGAGUGCUGUAAAACAAAGAAAACAUGGUGCUGGGAAUAAAUAAUGUUUCUGACUUAUUUCA